AUGGAUUUCAGCGCAGCUCAAUUCGGAGUCUCUUCCUCUUCAUCUUCUUCUUCCACCCAUUCGUUCACACACGAUGUCUUUCUGAGCUUCAGAGGUGCGGAUACGCGCAACAAUUUCACUGGCUAUUUGUACCGCAAUUUGGUUCAGGAGGGAAUUAACACCUUCAUUGAUAAUGACCUUACAAGAGGAGAAGAUAUAAAAAAGGAGCUUCUCGAAGUAGUUGAGAGAUCAAGGAUUUCCAUCGUUGUAUUUUCUGCCAACUAUGCAUCUUCAAAGUGGUGCUUGGAUGAACUUGUCAAGAUAAUUCAAUGUAAAGAAUCCAAGCAACAAAUAGUUUACCCAAUUUUCUACAAGAUAAAUGCGUCGGAGAUACGAUACCAAAAUGCCCAGGUUGGUGAUGCAAUUGCUCGCCUUAGCAAACACAAGGAUAACUUAGAGAAGGUGGAGAGUUGGAAGGCAGCUCUUACACAAGCAGCAACUUUGUACGGGUGGCCCAUCUCGGAUGAAGGGCAUGAAGCGAAUGUCAUUGAUGAAAUUGUUAAAGAGAUAUCAACCAAACUAAUGAAAUGCACCCCUUUAGAUGUGGCUACAUAUCCUGUUGGAAUAGAAUCUCGUGAAGAAGAUAUACUUAAGCUCUUAAAUGUAGGGCAAGACGAUCCUCACAUGGUAGGGAUAUGGGGAAUUGGGGGAAUAGGAAAGACAACACUUGCAAAAGCUGUUUUUAAUUCAAUUAGCCAUAAGUUUGAACAUAGUUGUUUCCUCGGAAAUGUAAGAGAAGAAUCAUUUUCAUAUGGAGGUCUUGUCAAGCUACAAAACAAUUUUCUUUCUAAGAUUAUAGAGAGGAAUCCACCUAAUGUAACCAAUGUUGCUGAAGGAAUCAGUGCGCUUAAGCAAAAACUAAGCCAGAAAAGGGUUCUCUUGGUUCUUGAUGAUGUGGAUCACUUGGAUCAGUUAAGAAAACUUGCUGGAGGGUGUGAUUGGUUUGGUCCAAGAAGUAGGAUUAUCAUAACAACAAGAGAUAUGAAUUGCCUAAGGGCUCAUAAAGUUAAUCCAAUAUAUGAGGUGAAGGAAUUGAAUCAUCAAGAAGCUUCAGAGCUCUUUAAUUUCAACGCCUUCAAAGGAAAAAAAUGUAUGGAUGAUUUCAUUGAACUUGCAACUGAUGUAAUACGUUAUGCUAAAGGGGUUCCGUUAGUUUUGGAAGUUUUGGGGUCAGAUCUAUGUGGUAAAACCAAGGAUGAGUGGAAAGAUGCAUUAGAGUAUCAUAACAGAUAUCCUAACCCAGAUAUUCAACAAGCUCUCAAGAGAAGUUACGAGGCACUGGAGGAUCGGAUAAAAGAAGUUUUUCUUCAUAUUGCAUGUUUCUUUAAAGGCGAUAAAGAAAGCUAUGUGAUUGAUGCACUACAAGGCUGUGACUUAAAUCCCAGGUAUGCUCUCAAAGUCCUCAUAGAAAAGGCCUUAAUAAAAAUUGAGAAAGACUAUGACAAUGACAAUGAGAUUUGGAUGCAUGACCUUCUACAAGACAUGGGAAAAGAAAUUGUUAGGCAGGAGUCCCCUAAUAAGCCAGGACAACGCAGUAGAUUGUGGUUAUAUGAUGAUAUUCGCGAAGUUCUUGAAGAAAACAAAGGAACGGAUAAUAUAAAAGGCAUCAUGUUGAGAAGAGGUUACUAUUCACAAAAGAUAUGGUUGAACAGCGGAAGCUUCACAAACUUGGAAAGUCUUCACAUUUUUAAAGUCGAUUAUGCGAUGCUUUGUGGAGAGGGCGUGGAUUAUCUUCCCAACCAGUUGAGGGUCCUUAACUGGUUUGAAUGUUCAUUACGAUCAUUGCCAACGAGUUUUAAUCCGAGGAAACUCAGUAUACUGCACAUGGGUGGGCCCGGCACGACCCAACUAGCCGAGGGAUUGAAGAAUAUGCGAUAUUUGAAAUCUAUCAAAUUGUCGUUCUGUGAUGGUCUGACAAGAAUUCCCAACUUGUCUGGAUUAAAAAGCUUGGAGUAUUUGAAACUGUCUUAUUGUAAAGAUUUAGUUGAAGUUGAUCCUUCGGUUGGCCGUCUCGAUAAGCUCGCCUAUUUGAAACUUAGUGCUUGUGGAAAGCUCCAGAUGUUUCUAAAGAGGAUCAACUUGAAAUCUUUGGAAACUCUGAGUCUCUCUGAUUGCCCGCUUAAGUUCUUCCCAGAAAUUGAGGAAGACAUGAAGUCUUUGAAGCACCUGGAUCUAAGGAGGACUGACAUCAAAGAGUUACCUUGCUCAGUUGGAAAUCUCACUGGCCUUAAAUCCUUGUCUCUACUUUGCUGUGAUAAUCUUACAAAUGUACCAUCAAGCAUUUUCUAUGAAUUGCAACAUCUGGAGGAUCUUAAUCUAACAAGCUGCUCUAACCUUGUUACAUUUCCAACAAAGUCAGAAUCACUUCCUCCACCGGUCUUUUCAACUAUCCUGACGAGAUUACAAGUUCGUCUGGACUAUUGCAGGCGGCUUGAAGAAAUUUCAGAAUUUCCACGAGAAAUAGAUUUCUUAUCUUUGGAAGGUUGUCGUUCAUUGGAAAGAAUUUCAAAGUUGUCAAGAAUUUUGGAGGGUAAAGAUUCAAAAAUGUUCGAUUGGUUGGACUUGACUGACUGCUGGAGACUCUGCAGCAAUCUGGCUCAUCGAGUGGUAUCAAAGGUAGAAGUUGACAAGCGACUAUUUAAUCUGGCCAAGAAGAGAAACAAGAUGACAUCAUCACCAUUUGCGGGAACCAAAGAAUUCAUGGGAGAGGCAGAGAAAUUUACGGCUCUAUUGACUCUUUUUUUCUCUUGUGCCAAAUCUGAAGAAUUCCAAGUACAAUUUCCCUCAAGUGCUUGGAUUCCGAUUCCAAACUGGUUCACCAGCUAUGAAGAUGUGAAUUGGGAUGUGAAAUGGGAUGAGAAUGGGGAUGUGGAAUGGGAUGUGAAUUGGGAUGUGAGUAGUGAAGUGAUAAUUAUAGAGCAUGAGUUUUGCAUUGAAAUUCCUCAAAACUCCAAUUGGGACAACAAAGGGUUGGCUCUCUGUAUUCAACCGUGUGUUUUUGAGGUCACUCAUUUUCUUUACAUCAAUGGAAUGAAGUUUGAUGAGAAAUUCAUGUCAAGGAAUAAAGGGUGGGUGCAUUAUAUUCCAUUCGUUACAAUAAUAAGGAGGUUGAGUGAGUGUGGGAUGCCGCCACCUAAUAUGUUUCGAGUUAUGUUUCGUUUUGAAGAUAAUCGUAUCAAUCAUUUCAUUUUGGAGGGAAGCUGGGGAGUCCACCUUAUCGAAGAUUUGGAAGGAGAAGGCCGAUGA